CGCAUUAGGGCUAUUUAUUCGGAGCAAUGUUUACUUUUACACCGGUUAUAAUCAAUUUCCUGUGAAAUGUCAAAAUAGUAUUUUUUAAAAGUUUAGCAUAGUUUACGAAUAAACCAUAACAGAAGGAUGGGUAAUAACGCUGUAAAGCAACACCUAGACACUGCAGAGAAAACGGGGGCCUUACAGCUAUGUAAACAAGGUCUAAAAGAGUUUCCAGAACACCUGCUCAAGCUCUCCAAGAAUCUACGUACUCUGGACUUCUCUGAUAAUAAGAUUGAUCACAUCCCAUCAAAUAUUGGUGCAUUCCAGCAGCUCAAAACUGUCAACCUAAGCAAUAAUAGAAUAGAUUCACUGCCAAAUGAAAUAGGAAACCUAAAGAAACUGGAAUCAUUGAAUUUGGAAAACAACAUCUUAACAUCCCUUCCGCCAACAUUAAUAAACCUUUCACACUUACGAACCAUAAAUCUUUCUCGAAAUGGUUUUAAGAAGUUUCCAGUAGAACUGUGUCAGUUAAAACAGCUUGAUGGCAUAGAUCUGUCUAGAAACAAAAUCACUGAGAUACCAGCCACUGCCGCUGUGUGCCAUACCAUCGAGUUAAAUCUUAAUCAAAAUCAGAUUUCAACUUUACCAGACUGUAUAUCUGAUUGGCCCAGGUUAAAGGUUCUCCGGUUGGAAGAAAAUUGCCUUGAAAUUUCUGCUCUCACUCCACGUAUUAUGAAGGAAUCUAAGAUCGCUCUGCUAGCAGUGGAGGGAAAUGUUUUUGACAUGAAGGCAUUCAACCAUGUGGAGGGGUAUGAUCAGUACAUGGAGAGAUACACAGCAACAAAGAAGAAGUUCAACUGACAACUCUCGGCCCAUGCUGUGAACAAAUUGUGAUGGAUGCCUCCACUGUAACAUAGUUGAUCUGCGUCCUCAAUUUAACAGGCAAUUCCUGUUGUUGUUAUCUUCUUUGGCUUAACAGUAAGGCCCGCCAUUUGCCAACUGUUAAGGGAUGAUUCUAUCUAACUAUUAUGCCCAAACUGUCUGUUUUAAGGGAUUAAUCUGUCAAAUUAUUAUGCCCAACCUGUCUGUUUUUAGGGAUUAUUCUCUUUUUUCAUGGCACGAUCAAUUGCUCACUAGUAGAACAAAAUGACAUUUUGAUUAAACCAGGGUUUAUACUCACAAAUUUAGAGGACAAUUAGCAAAACAAUUGGCAAUUUUGUAAUAUCUUAUCUUUAUUUUCUUCUACCAUUAAUGAUUUUGAUAUUAUCCACACGUAUCUACCGGUACAAUUCACAUUUGUACCAUUUUAUUUUUUGCUGAAGAACUCUCUUUUCCCCUUAAAAUUCAAUUAAAAAAACAGCCAAUGUUCCACUUAAUUUAGAAUUUAACCUUACAUAUUUCAUGUAUACGAGUUCUGGGACUGGAGCGUAUUCAUAAAGCAUCUAGGUUUAAAAAUUCAACUAAUUAUUUUUUUAUCAACAAAUAUUUUGAAUUCCCUAUAUUUUUCAUCAAAUUCAUUCAUAUGCAUUAAUUAUUUGGACCAUUUUCUUCCUCAUUACCAUACUUAAGGUGUAAAAACAUUGUUUGUGUUCUUUAAAUUGUACUUUAAUAAAAGAAAAAGUAACAUUGUUUCCAUUAAGUUUAAACUUUAACUCUCCAUUUAGUCAAUUUUCCAUGGCUACGUUUGUAAUGAAAUCAUCAUAAAGUUCUCUGCUUUCCCUUCAACAAGCAAGCAAUAACUUGAUCAUUAAAUCUCUGAAAUAAUCAUCAUUAAUUUAUGUUGUUUUAUACUGAAGUUUAUUAGUGUGUUGAGUGUUCUGUUUCUGUAACCAUGAUAAUUACUCAAGAAUUUUAAAUUAACCAAAUUGGAUAUGCUUAAUGUGAGCUCAUUUUUAAUGAUACUAUAUAGAGGAUGAUUGUUUGUUUCAUUGUAAGAUUGUAAUACAUUUCACCAAGUGAGCACCAAAAUGAAUAUUCAUGAGGUGAAAUAUAUUGUUAUCUUACACCGAAAUAAACAUAUUUUCUUUUUAUUAUAUGCCUAAUAUUGUUUUAAAAAGUCAUUUCAUUAUACAUGUACUUAAAAAACAUGCCAAUUUGUAUGCACACGCAACAUCAUUUCGGAAACGAUGUCGUUGAAAUUGUGCCCCAGCCUUGUGCGCGCUGACUUUUGAUUUGGAACUGAAAGCAGACUAAUAUUUCAAAACAGUGAUUAACAUCAAUUUGAUAUUUUCACUGUUUGAAAAAGUGAAAUAUCAAUCUUAUUUUUCUCAUAAAUCUCUAUAAACCACGAGAAAGCAUACAAUAAAACAAAGUUGCCUCUUAAAAUAUUGAGAGCCAGUUAUACAUAAUCACUUAAGAAAACGUUGUUUCAAGUGUCUUUUUAGAUGUAAUGUACAUUGUACACAAGUUUUACUCAGAGGCAGAUAACAAAAACAGCUACUUGUAUAUUAUGAAUUAUUUUCCAAAGAUUAAAUUUAGUGCAAGAGACUUUGUGUGGAUACAACAUGUAGGUGACCACAGAUUGCAGUAACAGGCAGAGAAGAUGAAAUAAUCAAUCCCAAAUAACAAUCACUGUCUCUGACAGAUAUACCAUGUAAUUGACAAAAACUGUUGCAAUAGUUUUAGUUAUGAUUUUAAAUUCAUUAGUUAAAUACUUAAAAUAUUCAUUUUUUUCCCUUCAGAUAAAUUAAAACCUAUGAUGUUUUCAAUUAGUGCAUGUAACAUUGAAUCUAUUUUUAUUAUUUUACAGUUUGAUACUUACACAGCCUUGCCAAAUUGAUUAUAUUUUUAGUGUCGUUGGAUGGGUACAAUUUUUAAUAAAUAAAAAAAAAAUUGGUAUGGCCUAAUGAAAUAGAAGUUUAACCUAUGUUUUAAAUUUAUUUACCAUGGUAUUUAAUUAUCUUUAAUGUUUUUUUUUUAUUGUUUUGUCACUAGAUACCGUAUUAAAGUAACUAAGUUUAUAUGUACAUUGUAUGCAAUUAGCAUGUUAAAUGGUGUGUAUUCAAGAUUAUGUCCACAAAGCUUUUAUUGGUAGGACAUGAAUCUCACUUUCGUAUAUUACAUGUUCAAUUGAAAGGAUUUUAAUAUUUCUUUGUGCUUUGAAGCCAUUGACAAUUAUUUAAUAAAACAAAGAACGAAUAGAGGUUCUUUGAGACAAAUAUUGUACGUAUAUUUGUUUGUAAAUGCCAAGUCACGUAGCUACACUUUUGACAUGCAUUCUAUUAACUUUCUUAAAUAAAUAAUUCAAGCUGCAGGGAAGUUAGUCAUUGAUUAAGCAUUGUUGAAUGCAAGUAUAUAAGGUUCAAGGAACUGAACUAUUUAUGUGUUUUAAUCAUUCUUUUAUAAAUGGCUAUGUUGUAACCAGGAUUAGUGUACAAUUUAUGGUGAACAAAAAUUCAUGUUGUAAAAUGCCUAAAAAGUUUGUUACUUCUUUUCAUGUUUCUUAAGUUAUUGACCUGUAUGAAUAAAAUGUUCUGCAACGUUUA